AUGGAGUUGUGUUCCCAUAGUCUGCAGAAUAUUCUUCAAUACAAACCACAAGUAUUUGGUCGACAACCGGGAGAACCCAUGAAUUCAAUCGAGUUUUACAUUUCGUGUCAUAUAUUCAAAGAGAUCUUGACUGUAAGGAACGGCAGGUUUUUCAAAAUAUGUGACUUUGGUUUGGCUACUGUUCACCAGCACUCGUUAGAUAAGGGAGACCUGCAAUAUCAGGCGCCAGAAGUUGGUCAGGGAGUGGUCUAUAAUGAACUGAAUCCUCCGGUCAUACAUAGAGACUUUAAACCCGACAAUAUAUUAGUGGCGAAGACUGUAAGGAACGGCAGGUUUUUCAAAAUAUGUGACUUUGGUUUGGCUACUGUUCACCAGCACUCGUUAGAUAAGGGAGACCUGCAAUAUCAGGCGCCAGAAGUUGGUCAGGGAGUGGUCUAUAACCAUAAGAUAGAUGUCUACAGUCGAACUAAAAGUAUUCAGACAAUGAAGUUAUAA